CAGGUACAAAAGGCACAUGGUAGCUGCCGUGGAAAUGAUUGGCCAGCGCCAUUUCGUACUUGUCGUCGGAUAUAAAGAUGCUUGAUUAUGCUUGGUACGUCCAGAAAGCUCACUCCUGCUGUUUAACAAGAUUGAAGCUUUGACUUGGAUACUUGGGCUUGUGCUUGAAACGACAUGAAGCUUUCCAUCCUCUCCGUGGCGCUGGUGGCCAAGGCCAUUGAGGCUGCCCCGCAGAAGAUCACCGCUAUCUCGAACGUUGGCGCUUCGACUUCGGACGUCUAUCCUCCAGCAGGCACUGCUGUCAACUCGACGUUGUUUCCGCCCGAAUCAAAGGUCGGCUUUCCCGGUCCAACGCAAACCGGUGUUGAGGCAGCAGCGGCCCAGACAGCUCCUCUCUACCCAUACAACACCCAAGCCGCCAAGUCGUUCCCUCUGGUUGCUGCACAGCCUCAAGGCUCCAAUUCGAGCUCUAACGUCGACAUCACGCGCUACUGGGGAAACUUGUCUCCAUGGUACUCGGUGUCUUCCGCCGACUAUGGUCUGCCCAAUGCCAGUCCUUUAAUUCCUGAUGGAUGCACCAUCAACCAGAUGCAUCUGUUGUAUCGCCACGGUGCACGAUACCCUACCAGCGGCGCUGCGCCAGCGACAUUUGCCUCGAAGCUUGCAAAUGCCACCAAGGGAGCGGGUUUCCAGGUUGCGGGCGAACUGGCUUUCCUGUCCAACUGGACUUACAAGCUCGGUGCUGAGCUUUUGACUCCCUUUGGCCGGAGCCAAAAUUUCCUCCUCGGUGUUGAAUACCGCCAAUUGUACGGCGAAUUGUUGAACAACUUCACCGCUCAAAAGGCUAUCCCGGUUUUCCGCACCGAAUCGCAGGACCGCAUGGUCAAGACCGCCGAGAAUUUUGCCGCUGGUUUCUUCGGUGUCCCAGAGUACUUGGACCAGGUAAACAUCGAGAUCCUUGUCGAAACACUUGGAGUCAACAACUCGGGAGCUCCCUACGAAGUCUGCAACAACUCCAACGUCGCAACCAAAGGAAGCAUUGGCACGGCUGCUGCUAAUAAAUUCGCCGUCAACGCUUUCAACUCGACUCUUUCCCGCUUGAACUCCCAGCUCUCUGGCAAUCUGACUUUCACGCCUACCGACAUCAUCGCUAUGCUUCAGCUCUGCUCGUACGAGACUGACGCGCUCGGCUAUUCCGCGUUCUGCCCACUUUUCACACAGCAGGACUUCCAGAACUACGAGUAUUAUUUCGAUUUGUCGUUCUACUACAACAACGGGCCCGGCUCUCCUGUCGCUGCUGCUCAAGGCAAAGGUUACCUGCAGGAGUUCGUUGCUCGAUUCACUCAAAGCUACCCGACUGCAAUGUCUGCACUCAACCAGACCUUCGACAACACAUCGACGUACUUCCCUCUCACCCAGUCCAUUUACGCCGAUGCCACUCACGAAGUUGUCGUUCUCGAUACACUUACGGCCUUCAACCUGACCGCGCUGUUCAAUGGACCUGCUUUGAACACUAGCAUAAACCAGGGUCGCAACAGCUUCGUGGCCAGCAAGCUUGUACCUUUUGCAACGCACUUCACUACGCAAAUUCUUGAGUGCCCAGCUAUGAAACCGUCCAAGCAGAUCCGAUUCAUUGUUAACGAUGCUGUCGUUCCAGUCUCGGGCUCUCAUCCGGGAUGUCCCAAUGAUCCCAAUGGCCUUUGUCCCUUUGACACAAUGGUCAGCGUGUUGCAGAAGCGCAUCAACGAGAUUGACUACAACUACGAUUGCUUUGCGAACUACACAGCUACGGCGGGUGUCGAUUACAAUGGUCGUGCACCACGUACCUGAGGCAAACUCAGGCAAGCAGAACAUGAGACACGAAAUAAUUUGACCGUAGAGCAUGACUGAUAAUAUUAAUCUGAUGUCGAUACUGAGCCUG